AUGAUUUAUUUGUUGAACAUUCGUCUAAACAAGUCAACGACGUUAUCGGAUUUGCUGAAUUUGGGUUUGCACGAAUUCGAAGAUGAAGUAAAACAAACGGUGGACAAAGCGGUAAAGGAAAUGCAAAUGGAAAAAACAUUAAAAGAAAUUGAAGCACAAUGGGCAACUCUUACAUUUGACUCUGAAGAGCAUACAAAUGGUAUAAAAAUGGUGAAAGUGUCGGAAGAUUUGAUCGAAAAAUUGGAAGAGAAUCAAGUGCAAAUUCAAAAUAUGGCCACAUCAAAGUAUAUGUCAUUUUUUGAAAAAGAAAUUAAAGGAUGGGUACACAAACUUGGUAUGGCCGACACAAUAAUAAUCACAUGGUCGGAAGUUCAACGAAAAUGGAUUUAUUUGGAGAGUAUAUUUUCCGGUUCGGAAGAUAUUCGAAAGCAAUUGCCAAUCGAUUCGAAGCGUUUUAUGAAAACGAAUUGUACAUUUAAUGAAAUACGUGAAAUGAUAUUGAAUGAACCAAAUGUGCUGGUCGUAACAAAUCAUGAUGGGCUACACCGUCGAAUGGAAGAAAUCUUAUCGGAAUUAAUAUUAUGCGAAAAAGCAUUGAACGACUAUCUUGAAACAAAACGUUUGGUAUAUCCUCGAUUUUAUUUUAUCUCAUCCGUUGAUUUAUUAGAUAUUUUAUCGAAUAGCAAUGAUCCGUUGAUAGUCGGUCGCCAUUUGCCCAAAUUAUAUGAUUCCAUCCGUUUAUUGAAAUAUAAAGAUUCAUCCGAUUUAUGUGAUAAUAGUAAAAUGGCAUUGGGAAUGUAUUCAAAAGAUCACGAUGAAUAUGUUGCCUUUUGUGAGCAAUGUAAUUGUAAUGGUAAGGUUGAAGAUUGGUUGAAUCGCGUGACCAACAUCAUGCGCUAUACAUUAAAUCGUUUAUUUGCCCAGUCCAUUGAAUCAUAUGAAGAUAAGGCACGUGACACAUGGAUUUUAGAUUGGCCAGCUCAGGUUGCACUGUGUAUAUCACAAAUCUAUUGGUCGAUUGAAAUCAAUGAAAUUUUCACAAAAAUUGAAGAAGGCUAUGAAAAUGCGAUGAAAGACUACCAACGAAAGCAAAUUUCACAAUUGAAUGCGCUGAUAAAUUUACUUUUGGGCGAUUUGAGCAGCGGUGAUCGACAAAAAAUUAUGACUAUUUGUACGAUUGAUGUGCAUUCACGUGAUGUGGUUGCAAAAAUGAUUUCACAAAGAGUGACCAAAAGCUAUGAAUUUCAAUGGCAAUGCCAAUUACGACAUCGAUGGGAUCGCAUCGAUGAUGAUUGCUAUGUGAAUAUUUGCGAUGCUGAAUUUAAAUAUGAUUAUGAAUAUUUGGGAAUUGGAACUCGUCUCGUAAUCACACCAUUGACUGACAGAUGCUAUAUCACAUUGACACAGUCGCUGCAUUUGAUUCAUGGUGGUGCUCCAGCCGGCCCAAGUGGAACUGGAAAAACCGAAACAACAAAAGACUUGGCAAAGGGCUUGGGAAUGAUGGUUUAUGUUUUCAAUUGUUCCGAACAAAUGGACUAUAAAUCAUGUGGCCAAAUUUAUAAAGGUUUGGCCUCAUCUGGGGCAUUUGGUAUUUUUGAUGAAUUCAAUCGAAUUUCCGUUGAAGUGCUUUCGGUGGUGGCCGUGCAGGUCAAGUGCAUACAAGAUGCAAUCAAGGGUGGACGACACUUCGUCACACUUAGAGAUAAGAAUAACAAAUCGACAUUCAUGUUCAUGGGCGACAUGAUUUCACUGGUACCGACGGUCGGACUUUUUGUCACGAUGAAUCCAGGCUAUGCCGGUCGCACAGAAUUGCCCGAGAAUUUGAAGACACUUUUUCGACCGUGUGCAAUGGUUGUUGCUGACAUUGCAUUAAUUUGUGAAAUAAUGCUAGUGGCGGAAGGAUUUCAGGAAGCAAGAGUGUUGGCUAGAAAGUUUAUUACAUUGUAUACGUUGUGCAAAGAGCUUUUAUCCAAUCAAGAUCACUAUGACUGGGGUUUGCGAGCGGUUAAAUCAGUGCUUGUUGUUGCUGGUACACUUAAGAGAAGUGAUCGCCAACGUCCCGAAGAGCAAGUGUUGAUGAGAGCUUUACGUGAUUUUAACAUUCCGAAAAUCGUUUCUGACGAUAUACCGGUGUUUAUGGGUUUGAUCGGAGAUCUAUUUCCAUUGAUUGAUGUGCCGCGAAAGCGAUCGACCGACUUUGAAAAAUUAAUUCGAAAAUCGGCUCUUGAGCUCAACUUAGAAGCCGAAGAUGGUUUUAUUUUAAAAGUUGUUCAAUUAGAGGAAUUGUUAGCUGUGCGUCAUUCGGUUUUUAUAGUGGGCGAUGCCGGUAAUGGUAAAUCUCAAAUUUGGAAGACAUUGAAUGCUACAUACAUUCAACAGGAGCGAAAGCCUUUGGUGUAUGACUUGAAUCCAAAAUGUGUGUCAAACAAUGAACUGUUUGGUUUUAUCAAUGCGGCAACGCGCGAAUGGAAAGAUGGUCUUCUUUCGUCGUUGAUAAGGGACCAGGCAAAAUAUGCAAAUAACAAUCCGAAAUGGAUCAUUUUAGAUGGUGAUAUCGACCCAAUGUGGAUAGAGAGUUUGAAUACGGUCAUGGACGAUAACAAAGUGUUAACGUUAGCUAGCAAUGAGCGCAUAGCACUUACAAAGGAAAUGAGACUUUUAUUUGAGGUGGGUCACUUACAAAGCGCCACACCGGCAACAGUGUCAAGAGCCGGUAUACUGUACGUAAAUGACACGGUCCUUGGAUGGUUUCCAAUCGUCGCUUCGUGGUUAAAAAAUCGAAAUAAUUCCGAUGAUGCAAACGAUUUAUUGCUAUUGCUAUUCGAUCGUUAUAUUCCACCAUUACUUGAAGCGAAUAAAAAAUUCAAUAAAAUCACACCAAUACCAGAAAUAUCAUUGGUCCAAAUGACGUGUCAUUUACUCGAUUGUUUAUUAACGACUGAGAAUGUGCCGAAAAAUUGCCCGAAAGAUUGGUACGAAAUUUACUUUAUAUUUGCCGCAAUCUGGGGCUUUGGCUCAAGUUUUUUUGAAGAUCAACAAACCGAUUGGCGUAUGGAGUUUAGCAAAUUUUGGAUAAAUGAAUAUCAAAGCAUUCAAUUUCCGGAUAAUUCAUGCGUUUUUGACUAUUAUGUCGAUAAUAAUACGAAACAAGUUAAGUUAUGGGAAGAUCUUGUACCAAAAUAUGAUAUUGAUACCGAUAUGCCAUUACAGUGUUGUAUCAUUCCGACUGCUACAAAUGUAUGUCUUAGAUGGUUUUUGGACAUUUUAUUGGAUAAAAAACUACCGCUAAUGUUAGUUGGUGUAUCGGGAAGCGGAAAAACGGUUACAAUCAACGAUAAAUUAUCCAAUUUGAAUGACAAUUAUUUGGUGACCCAUAUCCCAUUAAACUAUUACACUUCAUCGGAAAUUUUACAGAAAAUAUUGGAAAAACCAUUGGAAAAGAAGGCAGGCCGAAAUUAUGCACCAAUUGGUUCAAAGUUCAUGAUAUAUUUUAUCGAUGACUUAAAUAUGCCCGAAAAGGAUCACUUCGAAACGGUUCGUCCGCAUCAAAUAAUACGACAAUUUAUGGACUAUGGGCAUUGGUACGAUAGAUCAAAGUUGACUCUCCGUGAAAUUCACAAUUGUCAAUUUUUGUGUGCAAUGUGUCCGACAGCUGGACAGUUUACGAUUGAUUCACGGUUACAACGGCACUUCUUCACAUUUGCUGUCAACUUUCCAAAUGAUGCGGCACUAUUUCAUAUUUAUCAUACAAUUUUAUCACAACAUUUGAACAAUGAUAGUAAACGUUUUACCUACCAUCACAAACGUAUCUGCAAAAGUCUCGUUUCGAUGGGAUUGAAUUUGCAUAGUAGAUGUGCGCAACUUUUUCUACCAACAGCCCUUAAAUUCCAUUACAUAUUCAACUUACGUGAUUUGGCAAACAUUUAUCAAGGAUUAUUGUUUGCCACGAAAGACACAUGCCCAGAAUAUGAAGAUCUUACUCGGCUCUAUAUUCAUGAAGCAUUUCGUGUAUACAGCGAUAAACUUAUCGACGAUUCCGAUUUGGAGGCAUUCAAAAAGCUGGUGCGUGAUGUAUUCAAAAAAUAUUUGGAAGAAAUUGACGAUACAAAAGUAUUUAGUGAACCGAUGAUUUAUUGUCAUUUCGCCGAUGGUCUCAAUGAACCGAAAUACAUGCAAAUUAAAAAUUGGCCAACGCUUACAAAUUUAUUGGCCGAAGCAAUGCACAGUUAUAAUGAGUUUGUCGGUCAAAUGAAUUUGGUUUUGUUUGAAGAUGCCAUGUCGCAUAUUUGUCGGAUCAAUCGAAUACUGGAAAUGCCUCGCGGUAAUGCAUUGCUAAUAGGUGUCGGUGGUAGCGGUAAACAAUCAUUAGCACGAUUGAGUGCCUUUAUUUCAUCAUUGUCGGUGUAUCAAAUUCAAUUGAGAAAGGGAUAUAGCAUCUAUGACCUACGAUCCGAUUUAAAUAUUCUAUACCAUAAAGUUGGCAUUAAGAAUAUGUCAAUAAUGUUUUUGCUAACCGAUGCUCAAGUUGCUGAUGAAUCAUAUUUGGUUCUGAUUAAUGAUUUGUUGGCAAGUGGUGAAAUUCCCGACCUUUUCACGGAUGAAGAAACCGAUAACAUUAUAAGCUCGGUUAAAAAUGAGGUGAAACAACUCGGCAUUAUCGAUACACGAGAAAAUUGCUGGAAGUAUUUCAUUGAGAAAGUAAAAAAAUUACUAAAGGUGGUUUUAUGUUUUUCACCGGUCGGUUCCACUUUGCGACGUCGCUCUCGAAAGUUUCCCGCCCUAGUAAAUUGUACCGCUAUAAAUUUCUUUUAUGAAUGGCCCAAGAGCGCUUUAGAGUCGGUGGCCAAAAAAUUUCUGUUAAAAGUCGACGUAUUACCACAUUAUCUGACCGAAUCGGUUUCCGUAUUUAUGGCAUUUGUUUUGGAAAGCGUUAAUGAUAUUUCGAAAAAUUAUUUGACCAACGAAAAGCGUCAUAAUUACACAACACCAAAGUCAUAUCUCGAACUCAUUUCAUUGUAUUCAAAAUUGCUAACCGAAAAGACAGACGACCACAUUCAGCGCAUACAGCGCUUGGAAAAUGGAUUGAUUCGAUUAGCACAGUGUGGACAUCAAGUUGAUUCACUGAAGUAUGUUCUAGCUGAACAAGAAACAACGCUCAAGGCUAAAAAUGAAGCUGCUGAUAAAUUGAUUAAAAUCGUCAGUGCAGAAAAUGAAAUUGUUCAAAAGGAAAAACUAAUAGCUGCGGACGAAGAACGAAAAGUACGAGCAAUUGAGGAAGAUGUAACGAUCAAAGCAAAAAUAUGCGAAGCGGAUUUACGAAAAGCCGAACCAUCACUUAUCGCUGCAAAUGAGGCUCUAAAUACACUGAACAAAAACAAUUUAACGGAAUUGAAAUCGUUUGGGCAGCCUCCAAAAGCUGUAAUUCACGUCUGUGCAGCGGUAUUGGUAUUGUUUUCAGGAAAAGGCAAAAUACCCAAAGACAGGACAUGGAGAGCGUGCAAACAAAUGAUGGGCGCCGUUGACAAGUUUCUGCAUAGAUUGGAGAACUUUGAAAAGGAGAAUAUACCGACAAAAGUCAUCAAAGCGUUACAACCGUACUUGAAAGAUCCGGAAUUUGAUCCACAAAAAAUCCUCGCCAAAUCGACCGCUGCAAGCGGUUUAUGUGCAUGGGUCAUUAAUAUACACAACUUUCACAACGUUUUCUUGGUAGUUGAGCCAAAGCAAAGAGCCCUAGAAGAUGCACAAAACGAAUUGAAAGCAGCUCAAGACAAAUUGAAUUUCCUUAACAAUAAAAUUAUGGAAAUCGAGUCUCGUUUAAAUUCGAUUCAAAGAGAAUUCAAGACAGCCAUCGCAGAAAAAACCAAAUUAGAAUUUGAAGCAGAGAAAACGGCAUUGACCAUAUCAUUGGCUCAUCGACUUGUCAAUGGCCUUGGAUCAGAAGCGAUUCGAUGGCAUCAAUCAGUUGAAAAACUUCGAUUUCAAAUUGAAAAACUCCCUGGCGAUAUUUUAUUGAUUUCAUGUUUUAUUUCGUAUGUCGGAGGAUUUAUACCAAUAUACAGACAUGAACUACAGGAAAACAUUUGGAAGCCAACCUUCAGAGAAUUAAAGCCUGAAAUCCCACACACCGAAGGUAUUGAUUCAUUGAAUUUAAUUUGCGACGAUGCUACCAUCGCUACAUGGCACAACGAAGGUUUACCUAACGAUCGUAUGUCUACAGAAAACGCGAUUAUUUUAACAAAUUCUACGCGCUGGCCACUAAUUAUCGACCCACAAUUGCAAGGAGUGAAAUGGAUACGGCAAAAAUAUGGAAAAACGUUGGUGAUUUUGCGUCCAAAUCAAAAAUCGUAUUUGGAAGAAAUCGAGAAAGCAAUUGCCACUGGGCAAACGGUUUUGUUGGAAAACAUUGACGAGACAAUAGACGCGGUGCUGGACGCUCUUUUAAGUCGUCAAUUUUCAAAGCGUGGCGCAACAAUCAAAAUCGGCGACAAAGAGGUGGAUUACAAUCCAAAAUUUCGUUUGAUUUUACAAACAAAAUUGGGAAAUCCACACUAUAAACCGGAAAUGCAGGCACAAACAACGCUGAUAAAUUUCACGGUGACACGAGAAGGUUUGGAACAACAACUAUUAGCCGAAGUGGUUAAAGCCGAACGUCCCGAUUUGGAAAAAUCGAAGCAAGAGCUAACGAUGCAACAAAAUCAUUUUAAAAUAACAUUAAAAUCAUUGGAGGAUGAAUUAUUGGCCCGGCUUGCGGCUGCCGGCGAUAAUGUACUUUCUGAUCCAUCGUUAGUUAUCAAUUUGGAAGAGACAAAAAAAAUGGCUGCCGAAAUCGAAGUAAAAGUUACAGAGACAAGAAUAACAACCAAAGAAAUUGAUACGGCCCGUGAAAUAUAUCGUUGUGUUGCCGAACGUGCAUCAAUUUUAUAUUUCAUUUUGAACGAUUUGUGCAAAAUAAAUCCGAUGUACCAAUUUUCGUUGAAGGCAUUUAUUGUUGUGUUCAAGAGAGCUAUUAAUCAAACGGCAAAGCAAAAUACAACCAAAGACAGAGUGCUCGCAUUGCUCGAUUCAAUUACGUAUGCGGUUUAUUGUUACACGUGUCGUGGCCUAUUUGAAAAGGAUAAACUUGUGUAUAAAAUGCAUUUGGUAUUUCAAAUAUUGAUUCACAGCAAUCACAUAUCAUUGAGUGAAUUGGAUUUUGUGCUAAGAUUUCCGUAUUUACCAAAUCUACAUUCGCCGUUUGAUUUUUUGCCACAGCAUUUAUGGGGCGGUGUUAAGGCAUUAUCAAAUAUUGAUGCUUUUUAUGGGUUUGAUCGUGAUCUUGAUUUGUCGACAAAACGUUGGAAGAAAUUCAUUGAAAGUGAAGCACCCGAAAUGGAACGAUUACCAGGCGAAUGGAAAAAUCGAACACCAAUGCAAAAAUUAUGCAUUUUACGUACGUUACGACCCGAUCGAAUGAUAUAUGCAGCCACAUGUUUUGUCGAAGAAACAAUGGGCGAAAAAUACAUUGGCGUUCGAACAAUUCCAUUUGUCGAAUCAUUUAUGGAGAGCUGUGCAUCGACACCGUUAUUUUUUAUUUUAUCGCCCGGAGUUGAUCCGGUACAAGAUGUUGAAAAGCUUGGAAAAUCCAUGAACAUAUCAACUGAUUUGCAGAACUAUCAUAACAUUUCAUUGGGUCAAGGUCAAGAACGAUUAGCCGAAAUGGCAAUUGAAAUGGGACGAGAACAUGGCCAUUGGGUUGUUUUACAAAACAUUCAUUUGGUCACUAAGUGGCUACCACACUUGGAAAAAAUUAUUGAAGAAACACUCGAAACGGCCCAUCCAAAUUUUCGAUUAUUUUUGAGCGCCGAAGCGGCACCAUCACCAGAUUUUCAUAGCAUACCACAAGGUAUAUUAGAAGCAUCGAUAAAAAUAACAAACGAAUCGCCGACUGGUAUCAAAGCAAAUUUACAUCGAGCUUUAGACAAUUUUACACAAGAAAUGCUGGAAUUGUGCUCGAAGGAAGGUGAAUUCAAGGCAAUUUUAUUUUCACUGUGCUACUUUCAUGCUUGUGUUUGUGAACGCCGAAAAUUCGGUCCGAUUGGAUGGAAUUUAUCGUAUCCGUUUAGCAUUGGAGAUUUAACAAUCAGCGUUUAUGUUCUUUUCAAUUAUUUGGAAGGAAAUCGAAAUAUACCAUGGAAUGAUUUGCGUUAUUUAUUCGGUGAGAUUAUGUAUGGUGGUCAUAUCACUGACGAUUGGGAUAGACGGUUGUGUCGAACGUACCUUAAUGAAUUCAUGCAGUCCGGUUUAUUGACGGGAGAUUUAUCGUUUUGUCCCCAUUUUGAGGCUCCUCCAAAUUUAGAUUUAACUGGUUAUCAUCAAUAUAUUAAUGAUUUUUUACCAAACGAAUCACCACAUCUAUAUGGGAUGCAUUUGAAUGCGGAAAUUGGAUUUUUAACCACACUAUCGAAUAAUAUGUUUGCCGAAAUAUUUGAACUUCAACCCAGAGACUCUGGAUCAAGUUCGGUGAUUUUGGUAUCACGUGAAGAAACGGUUAAACAAUUGAUUGAAGAAUUUCAAGAUAAAAUACCGGACGAUUUUCAUAUGGCUGAGAUUAUGACAAGGUUCGAAGAACGAACACCGUAUGUUGUGGUUGUGUAUCAGGAAUGCGAACGAAUGAAUCAAUUAUUGAGCGAAAUGAGACGAUCACUGCGAGAGCUGAUGCUUGGCCAUCGUGGCGAAUUAACGAUUACGCCUGAAAUGGAAUUGCUCGAUGAAUGCAUUGUAUUUGAUCGAAUGCCGUCAACAUGGACAAAACUAGCAUAUCCGAGUACGCUCGGUUUACAAUUGUGGUUUUCAAAUUUAUUGCAACGACAUCAAGAACUGUACAAGUGGUCAAUUGACUUUAGCUUACCGAUCUCCGUAUGGUUGCCGGGUCUGUUUAAUCCGCAAAGCUUUUUGACUGCCAUAAUGCAGGUUUCAGCACGGAAAAAUGAAUGGCCAUUAGAUAGAAUGUGCUUGACAAUUGAUGUUACGGGAAAACAUAGAGAAGAUUACACUGAGUGCCCACGAGACGGUGCAAAUAUCGAUGGGCUAGUCCUAGAAGGAGCUAGAUGGGACAAUUUGAUAAAUUCAUUGGUGAAUUCACGACUCAAAGAGCUGUUCUUCGAAAUGCCACUCAUUCACAUCAAAGCAAUAACAAAGGACAAACAAGAAUUGCGUAACGUAUUUGAAUGUCCGAUCUAUAGAACUCGUUUACGUGGUUCAACAUAUAUAUGGACAUUUAAUUUGAAAACAAGAGAGAAACCAUCGAAAUGGAUAUUGGCUGGCGUUGCAAUUGUUUUACAACCAUAG